GCGAUGACAUCAGGAGCGCGGCGGGCGGGCGCUGGGCAGGGGCUGUUGAUGGGCGUCUGAUCUGCUGAGCCGGGUGGGGGGCGCGCGAGGAGGCGGCGGCAGCUAUGGCGGCGCUGCUGCUGCUGGCGCUGGGCCUGGAGCCGGGCCCCGGCGGGGCGGGCAGGCGGCGUCCGGGCGCGCUGGAGGAAGAGCUGGUGGCCGAGAAGGCGGCGGAGGCCAGCCACCGCCAGGACAGCGCCAACCUGCUGGUCUUCAUCCUGCUGCUGACCCUCACCAUCCUCACCAUCUGGCUCUUUAAGCACCGCCGCGCCCGCUUCCUGCACGAGACCGGGCUGGCCAUGAUCUACGGAGUUCUGGUGGGGGUCAUUCUUCGCUACGGUAUCCACAUUCCUGGCGAUAUCAACAAUGUGACUUUAAGCUGCCCAAUGCAAACAAGCCCUGCUACUUUGCUGGUCAACCUAAGUGGGAAGUUUUAUGAGUACACCCUGAAGGGGGAGAUCAGUUCCCAUGAACUCAAUAGUGUUCAAGAUAAUGAGAUGCUGCGGAAGGUAACUUUUGAUCCUGAAGUGUUCUUUAAUAUCUUGCUCCCUCCAAUUAUAUUUUAUGCUGGAUAUAGCUUAAAACGGCGUCACUUCUUCCGAAACCUUGGAUCCAUUUUAGCAUAUGCAUUUCUUGGAACAGCAAUUUCCUGUUUUGUGAUAGGAUCCAUCAUGUACGGCUGUGUUGCGCUGAUGAAAGUGAUGGGGCAGCUUGGAGGAGAGUUCUAUUUUACCGACUGCCUGUUUUUUGGGGCCAUUGCCUCCGCUACAGAUCCUGUGACGGUCCUCGCCAUAUUCCAUGAACUUCAAGUGGAUGUAGAGCUCUAUGCCCUUCUUUUUGGAGAGAGUGUCCUCAACGAUGCGGUGGCCAUUGUGCUGUGUUCUUCAAUCAUUGCCUACCAGCCUGAAGGAUACAACACCCACACUUUUGAUGUUACAGCCAUGUUCAAAUCCAUCGGGAUUUUCCUUGGGAUUUUCAGCGGAUCAUUUGCCAUGGGGGCCGCUACGGGUGUCGUGACUGCUCUGGUCACCAAGUUUACCAAACUUCAUGAGUUCCACCUGUUGGAAACAGGCUUGUUUUUCCUGAUGUCCUGGAGUACCUUCCUGUUGGCUGAAGCAUGUGGUUUUACCGGUGUGGUGGCGGUUUUGUUCUGUGGCAUCACUCAAGCUCACUAUACUUAUAACAACUUGUCCACAGAGUCACAGCAGAGGACAAAACAGUUGUUUGAGCUUCUCAACUUCUUGGCGGAAAACUUCAUCUUUUCCUACAUGGGGCUGACGCUGUUCACGUUCCAGAACCACGUCUUUAAUCCAACCUUUGUGGUUGGGGCUUUUCUCGCGGUAUUCCUGGGAAGAGCGGCAAACAUCUAUCCCCUCUCUUUCCUACUUAACCUGGGGAGGCGAAACAAGAUUGGGACAAACUUUCAGCAUAUGAUGAUGUUUGCUGGCCUGCGGGGAGCCAUGGCGUUUGCCUUGGCCAUCCGGGACACAGCCACCUAUGCGCGGCAGGUGAUGUUCAGUACGACUCUACUGAUUGUCUUUUUCACCGUCUGGGUGUUUGGUGGUGGCACCACCGCGAUGCUUUCGUGCCUGCACAUUCGGGUUGGUGUAGAUGCCGACCAAGACAAUGUGGUCGAGGUAGAAAACGGGCGAAGCACCAGGGCUGAGAGCGCCUGGCUGUUCCGAGUCUGGUACAACUUCGACCAUAACUACUUAAAACCUCUCCUGACGCACAGCGGUCCCCCCCUGACCACCAUCCUCCCCAGCUGCUGUGGGCCCAUUGCACGGUGUUUGACGAGUCCGCAGGCUUACGAGAAUCAAGAGCAGCUGAAGGAUGAUGAUUCAGAUCUGAUUUUGAAUGACGGAGACAUCAGCUUGACGUACGGGGAUUCCAGCGGGAACUCCGAUUCGCUGCCAUCAGGCGCCUCAAGACGGGUUGCUGGAAAUGGUUCCGAGGACAUGCUAGACCAGGAGCUGGGCUUUGGAGACCAUGAACUUGUCAUCCGGGGGACCCGCCUCGUUCUUCCCAUGGAUGACUCCGAGCCUCCUUCCGGCGUGGUUGACAACGCUCGCCAUGGCCCAGCCUAAGAUCGGUGUCUUGACACGACGGGUAGCCUAAGAAAGAGCAACAACAACAACAACAAAAUCUGCAGAUGGUGGUGAAGAAAUCCUGACUAUCUAUGACCCAAAAACCUACUGCAUGUCUCAGAACGUCUCAGCUGUAUAAAUAGGAUUUAUUUAUAUGGUGUCAGGAGAAACAACCGCUAUCUGUGUAAGGCAGUUCUCCGGGAGCGAGCUGUUGAUUUUGUGCGCUUAGAAACGACCGUGUGAAAACGAUGGACUUGCACUGAAUAGCAGUGGAACUGUUUUAGAUGCAAUUAUGCUCUGAUGGCCGCGGGAAAGGAGAGAGCAGCUUUGCAGCCGUCCUUCCGGUUCUGUGGAAUUCUGUGUUUUUUUUGUUGGGUUUUGACCAUUCAGUGCCCACUUCGCUGAUGCCAGGAAAGGAAGGGGGGAGUAAGAUUGAACAGUGGAGAGCUAAGACGAGGUAGCCAAGCUGCAUUAGGCAGAAGAUCUAAAAUAGCUUUAGAGGAUUGCUUGAAAUCUUCGUGCUUUAUUUUGAAGAAAUCUGGAUGUUGGACAGAUUUGGAGAGAGUUGCCCAGAGGGCUUCUGGUUUGGCCAUCUGGCCGUCCACACGUUGAAGGGAGAAUUAGCCAGACAGUGGAUGCUGUGGGCAUACAAGCUUCUGACUUGGCAAGUUGUGUGUGUUAAGUAGAACGACCUCCUUGAUUGUCCCAAUAGAGGUGGUCUUCUGAGGUUGGUGACGCUGAAGGUGGAUGCUUUAUCAUUAUUUUGGUUUUAAUUUUUCUCUUGCCUUAUCCCAUCGCAUUAGGGUGAGGAACUGAAUUACGGAGUACUGAAACAGCUACCGGGUUGUUACUUUCACGCAGAGAAUUAGCGCACUGCUUCCUGGGCAGGUGGGAGGCACCCAGAAAUGGCUGAAUUAGUUUUGAGCUUCUAGUUUAGUGGCUGAGCCCUGGGGGGGGUGGGGGGGACAGAAUUCUUUUCUAACGGGUGCAUAUUUGCAAACAAAAACAGCUGGAGCAGUAGCACUGUUCAAAAGAUGGAGGUAGAGAUUUUACAGGUUUUGGGUUUUUUUUAAGAUGUUUUGGAACAUCCGUCCAUUUGUAUAGUUGCACUGUUUGGUAUUGGUUGCAUGUGUGUGUGUCUAUAUUUGAAAAAAAAGUUUUCUAUCUCAUUUACAAUUUAGUGAGAAAAAUGCCGAUGAAGUCCAAUUUCUUGGUGUUUUUUUUCUUUGCCUAUGAAAGCUCUGAACAACCUGCUGAUUUUUAUAUUCAGUUUAUUCAGUUUUUUCCUCUUUCUGUUUCAGUAGCAUUGAGAAGUCAAGAAUUUUCAGUGCAGCUUUUCCAGGUUUAUCUCAAUGGCAGAUCUGGUACUGUUACAGACUUAAGCUCAUUGCUCUCUUAAGCAGAAAACAUGUGAAGCCAACUCUUAUUUUAGAAUUUUCAAAUACUUUUUUAAUGCCCUGUUUUAUUCUAGCUACUAACAAUCCCUGUUUUUUUUAAUCCUGUUUUAAAAAUGGGUUUUGUUUUGAUCCUUCUUUUAGAUUAGCACGACCUGCAAGCAGAAUAUAGCUUCCCUUUGGCUAUUUGUUCAAUCACCAGAGAAAUUUCUCAUUCUAAAAUAAAUGUCGUACACCCAGGCUUGCUUUCUUCUAACUAAGGUGGGAAAACAUGCUCCAAAAUUGUGGAAUUUUGUGACCAUUUUGCCCUGGAAACAGGCUGGCUAGCUGUAGACAUUCAGCACUUCAACAUAUAAAAUAUAACUUUACACAUGUGGCAUUUUUCAUUUUCUUUAACAAAAAUAUUUGGGUUGAUAUUUUUUCCCCAGAACAGAAAAACGUGAGUUGCUUUACCCUUUUAAACCUUAAGAUUGUCUGUGCUGGAAUUUAGCCUUUAAGUGAUUCUUCUGUUUCAGCAAGGAACUGAUUCCAUUUCAGCCAUGAAAACAGAUUAUUUUUCGUUUUCCAAAAGUUUUUGGUCUGAACAAUUUUGUGGACUCACCCAGGAAUGGUGGGAUCUGUUUCUUUUCCCUUAGUUGCAUUCUGCUUUCAUCGUGUCCCACCCAUGUUUUUCAAGAGUCAUCCCAAUUCUGUAGUGACACAGCUUGCUUGAAAAGUGUAAAAUUUCACUGCACUGGAAAAUACUUUUUUUUUUCUUCUCCUCUCCCAGACUUCCUUUAUUUGAUAACAUUAAGUCUUUUAUUUUUGUUAUUUCUUUCUGCUAUGCAGGAACAUCAUUAAAUAUAUGUGAAUGCAUGUUGUGCUUUUAUAUAAUGUCUGUAUCUUAAUGUCCGAUGUUAAAAUAAUAGUAGUACAAUUGCUAAUAAUAAUAAUAUGAGAAAUGUUCAUGUGUUAAGAUUUUUACAUCACUUGCACAGUGAUAACUCUUCGGUUUCAAAUGUUUCUAAGCAACAGCUAACGAUCCUGGGUAGCCUGAUCAGUCACAGAGUUUGCAGAAAACGUAGAAUUUAGUCAAGGAAACGUAUUUGCCUGAAAUAGUGGGUCCCUGUUCUGCUCCGUCCUCCCCAAUUUGGAAGAUUUGCAGACUCCUCCUACCAGUUAAGUUUCUUUUUGUAAAUCAUGACUAAGACAACUCACGUCCUCCGGAUGUUGUGGAACUACAGUUCCCAGCAGCCUCAAAUGCUGGUUGGAAGGCCCCAUUUUGUCCUGCUUGAGGCCUUCUUUGCUUUUCCACUUGCCCAGAUCAAAAAUAAAACAGGAUCCCUUGCAAUUUUGGGUUGUAAGUCUAGAUCUGGUGUCUACCAGCAUGUAAUAAAAGUGGAGCUGACAAGUUUAGGAAGAUCCUAGAUCCCAAGAUGAUCAACCUUCUUUGCUGCCUUAACUGGACAAAAUAGGGAAAUGCCCUCCCCCAACUCUUUGGUUGUGCCUCCCUUAUUCUCAAGUGCAGUUGUGCAGUGCCAGCUUGGUCCUAUAAAGUUGAGCACCGCAGAGACCUGUUGGUUUUAAAAGGCAAGCGGUGGCUCCUGGUGGUCCAUUGGGGAGGACAUCCUGUUGCAUCUUCUUGAGAAGGUGCCCUCUAAGGGGACCGCCUGAAUGCAUUGACUGCAUCUAAUGGCAGCCAUACACUUAAGAGUCUAGAUUUGUUACAAAUUCCUUUAGGGAAAAUCCACCUGAUCUUCAGACGAACCACCCUUCUAGGACUGAAAUUCUGCAUCUUUGAGAAUUUUUCUUUCUAAAUAUAAUAAUAAUGAUACACUACCUAGUUUUUGUGCAAGUUUGCUGUUAAGACAUAUUAAUAACAGCCACACCACUACAGACCUCUAAUGCCUAUGAUAGUUUUCAACUGCUGAUUGAAUUAAUACUCCCCUGUUGAGAUGGAUCCCAGGUUUUAUGGCCAGUGAGUAAUGGAGAAUCCUUCAACACUGGAACCAAUGGCAGAUCCCCACUGCGGUUCCUCCAGAAUGACCUGCCAGGAAUUGAAUAUGGCGUUGAUAAAUGUGCGUUUUUUCUUCGAUACUGCAAGAAAGCAAUUCCCUUGUGCUUAAUUUCUUCAGGCACUCUGGCGCCAUGUUCUUAACAUGACCUCAAAAACAGCAGUGGGGAUUUUUAUAAGCUUGUGACUCCAGCUGUGGGUUUAAAAUCAGCUGCCCUCGAAAUGCGCUGUUUUCUGUAAAGAUUCAAUUUCUGCAUCGGUGACACUGUAUGUCAAGUUCUAGUGUUCUCUACUUAGUGUUAAAUUGUCUCUUUUUAUGAUAUUAACUGCUAUAGUUGUGGCAUUCUUGUAAUGAUAUCCUUAAGCAUAAUAAUUGCACUUUUCUUUUUGGUUUAUGAUAACUCAAGUCUUUUAUUGUUACUUGCACUGUGAAAGAAAUCAUGGGCCUAUAAAAAACGUUCCGUUUCUUUGAA